AUGGCAACAAAAUCCGAAUCAGCAACAUACACCCACGGCCACCACGCCUCAGUAGUACGCUCGCAUAGCUGGCGUACAGCCCAAAACUCCAUCGCCUUUCUCCUGCCCCAUCUAAAGCCGGACAUGAAAAUCCUCGACAUCGGCUGCGGACCUGGUACCAUCACCGUGGAUGUAGCAUCCUACGUCCCGCAGGGGCAUAUCACAGGUCUCGAGCGGGCGGGGAGUAUCCUGACGCAAGCGCGCGCGAACGCAGACGCCAAGGGCGUGACGAAUAUCGAUUUCGUCGAGGGGGACGCGAACGCGCUUUCUUACGCGGAUGGCACCUUCGACGUGGUGUUUUGUCACCAGGUCCUCCAGCACGUGGGUGAUCCCGUCGGCAUGUUGGCUGAGAUGAAGCGCGUUGUGAAAAGGGGUGGUAUCGUUGCGGCCAGGGAGGCGGAUUAUGGUGUUUUCGUGUGGUAUCCUGAAUUGCCUGGUUUGAAGGACUGGCAGGAUAUGUAUGAUCGUGUUGCGAGGCGCAAUGGUGGGGAGCCCAAUGCGGGACGCAUGUUGCAUGCUUGGGCAAGGAAGGCGGGCUUUGGGGAUGUGAGGUGUAGCUGUACCAUGUGGUGUUAUGCUAGUGAGGAGGAUGUUAAGUGGUGGAGUGAGUCGUGGGUUGAGAGGGCUGUUGCUUCGUCGUUUGCGACGACGGCGGUGGAGCAUGGGCUUGCGACGAAGGAGGAUCUUGAGGGGAUUUCGAAGGCUUGGAGGGAGUGGGGGGAGGAUCAGGAUGCGUGGAUUUCUAUUCCUAGUGCGGAGAUUUUGUGUUUUAAGGAGUAG